GAUAAGCUAAAAUGUGAGUUGUCACGCAGUUCUAGGAAGGAUGCCUCUGGCUGUACUGCUUGUUUGAGGUCCAAAGGUGACUGUGUUAUCUGAACUGAGUUAUGCUACACUUGGUUCACCUCUAGGUUCAUGGUUCAAUAAGCUAACUACAUAUGAACUACAUCAACCCUGAUCUCCUUUGCAACUGAAUUAAUUCCAUAGUCUUAAAGUAUAGUCUUAGUCAUCACUUGAUAGUUAUAAAUGGUACCAUGAGAAUGUGGAAGUAAAAGAAGAUACGUUUUUUUGUAAGUGUUUGUCUGCAUUGCUUGUUAAUGAGCUGCCUGGUUUACUGUUCUAGAAGUCUUUUGAGGGUAAGCAAACAGCCCUUAGGUCAAAAACAGAAUCAGAAACUGAGAAGCUAGCAAAACUGUCACAGUCAUUUUUGCAGCAGACCAGAAAUUGAAUGGCAAGGAAGCAAAUGGAGUGGACCGUUGUUUUGGGGCCAGGGGAGGAGUGGCUGUGCUGUGGACAGGUAGUUGGGCUUUACAGCCUUGGUAUGACAGUGACAUCCAGCCUGAAAAUGGAUCGCAUGUGUACUUGUACAGCUAUGAGAGUAUUUGUGAACAGAAGUCUAGCUAUGGAGAAAAUCAAAUGCUUUGGGUUUGACAUGGAUUAUACUUUAGCAGUGUACAAAUCUCCAGAAUAUGAGUCGUUGGGUUUUGACCUGACUGUGGAACGGCUGGUCUCUAUUGGCUACCCACAGGAACUGCUCAGCUUUGUCUAUGACCCCUCCUUCCCUACUAGAGGGCUGGUGUUUGAUACCUUGUACGGUAACCUUCUAAAGGUGGACGCCUAUGGUAACAUCCUGGUCUGUGUACAUGGCUUUAACUUCCUGCGGGGGCCUGACAUAAGAGAGCUCUACCCCAACAAGUUCAUCCAGCGUGAUGACACUGAGCGCUUUUACAUCCUCAACACUCUCUUCAACCUGCCAGAAACCUACCUCUACGCCUGCUUGGUUGACUUCUUUUCCAAUUGUGACCGUUAUGCCAGUUGUGAGACAGGCUUCAAAGACGGGGACCUCUUCAUGUCCUUCAAGAGCAUGUUCCAGGACGUGCGCGACGCUGUCGACUGGGUCCACUUUAAGGGAACUCUGAAGGAGAAGACCGUGGAAAACCUGGAGAAGUAUGUGGUGAAAGAUCCUAAGCUGCCGUUACUGCUGAGCCGCAUGAAUGAGGUCGCCAAGGUCUUCCUGGCCACCAACAGCGACUACAAGUACACCGACAAAAUCAUGACCUACCUGUUUGAUUUUCCUUACGGGCCAAAGCAUGGCUCUCCUCACCGGCCCUGGCAGUCCUACUUUGACCUGAUACUGGUAGACGCACGGAAGCCGCUGUUCUUCGGAGAGGGUACAGUAUUGAGACAGGUCGAUACGUCCACUGGGAGGCUGAAGAUUGGAACCUACACUGGGCCUUUACAGCAUGGCAUAGUCUACUCUGGAGGCUCUUCCGACAUUGUGUGUGAUCUGCUGAGCGCUAAAGGGAAGGACAUCCUCUACAUUGGUGACCACAUCUUUGGAGACAUCCUGAAGUCCAAGAAGCGACAGGGAUGGAGGACCUUCCUUGUGAUCCCUGAGCUUGCCCAGGAGCUGCACGUGUGGACCGACAAGAGCUCACUGUUUGAAGAACUGCAGGGCCUGGACAUUUUCUUGGCAGAGCUAUACAAACAUCUGGACAGCAGCAGCAAUGAGAGACCGGACAUUAGUGCCAUCCAGAGACGAGUGAAGAAAGUGACCCAUGACAUGGACAUGUGCUACGGGAUGAUGGGCAGCCUCUUCCGCAGUGGGUCUCGCCAGACUCUGUUUGCGUCACAGGUGAUGCGCUACGCUGACCUGUACGCUGCCUCCUUCAUAAACCUGCUCUACUACCCCUUCAGCUACCUGUUCAGAGCUGCUCACGUACUGAUGCCCCAUGAAUCCACGGUGGAGCACACACACGUGGAUGCGGACACAGAGUCACCGCUGGCAACCCGCAACCGCCACUGCGUGGACUGCAAGGAUGCAGAGUGCAAGCGCAACGUUCUCGCGCGUUCGCUCAGCGAGGUCAAGCCACCCAAGCUGUUCCCCCAAGCCCCGCAGGAGAUCACGCACUGCCACGAUGAGGACGAUGACGAAGAGGAGGAGGAGGAGGAGGAGGAAGAGUAAGAUCAGCACCGAUCUCCUCAAGCCGGUGCACUUUGUUGCUCAAAGUGGAAGUUUAGUUUUAGCGAAGCAAAAUGAAGAGUGUGUGAGGGUGGGGAAAAAAAGGAUUAUAUAUUUUUUGAACUACUUGAGAAUGUGUGGCACAGUAGAGUUCAUUUCCGGUGGUUUAUAUAUCAGAUGAGAACACAGAAGACUUCUGUGGGUAUUUUCUUUCGUUCUUUUAUCUAAGGUUAUACUUAUUGAACCAUUUGAGAUGAGGUGGUUUUCAAAUGAUGCUAAAUCAUAUAUCAUUCACUCUGAGUUAGCCUAAGCUGCUAUAGGGCAGGCGCUGUCAUGGGUUUACGUUAAGACAGAAGCCUGAGCUCAUUUACAGAAGGACAGUGCAAGGGCCGCUUACCGCCCACUUCCUGUUCCAUCAGUUUGUAGUUAUUAAGUGUUCUGUUCAUGGGCUGGGCGGAGCUCACUGUAAGCUCACUGUAAGCUCACUGUAAGGUCUUGUAGGCCUCAGCCUGUGCCUCAUCCUCUGUACCUUAUGCAUCAUUUUGCAGUGGGGAACAUGGGGAAUUGUGUUGAAGUUCUGCUGGUUAAAGAAGCCCUUACUGACUAUGCAUACUUGACAACUCAGCAAAUCACAGCCCCCCCCCCGUUCAUGGGACUGUGGUCAUAUUUGACUUAUUAUUAUUAUUAUUAUUAUUAUUACCUUUACUAACAUGGGCUUAUUGUUGCUAAUUAAAUCCAUGUAUGAGCCCAGCUUGGCCUGGUAUAGGUUUCAGGGGGAGAUUACAAAAAGAAGCAAGUGUUUGUUUGGAGUUGUAUUAAAAAAAGCAAAGGAAAGGCGGCCAGGGUUUGGUGUGUCCCUGCUGGAGCCAAGGUGGUGAUGGGAAUAUGAAUGAACUCUGGAGUUCUGUGACGGGUAUGGAAGAGUGCGGCUAACACAAGUACCCCUGUUACCAGGCAACCUCUGUGCCGGCCAGACUACAUAUGGCCAGUUGGAGUUUUGUUUCCUCUCUGGAUGUUUUUUUUUCCUUUUAAUGGCAGCAGUGUCAAGGAUCGUGUUAUACAGCAAAGAUGGUUGUGUACCGAGGCACUUUUGGCUUUAUAAACGCGCUGUCAUUUUUUUCUUCUUAGAAUACAUAUUUAGCUAUUUUGUG